GACAAACCAGUUCAGGAUGGAGACAACCCAGAAGAUGCUGUUCAGAUACAGCCACAGAGGGUGAGAGUCAGCAUCAGGCCAAAUCAGCCAGUUCGAAUUCCACUGAUAUUUAGGCAAGCUGAAAAUUACCCUGUAGAUUUGUAUUAUUUGAUGGACUUAUCAAAUUCCAUGGAAGAUGACAAAGACAAUCUGGCUGAACUGGGAAAUCUUAUAGCUGAGAGAAUGUCAGCUAUUACCAAAAACUUCCGACUGGGUUUUGGGUCAUUUGUGGAUAAAGUGGUGUCACCUUAUGUCAGCACUGUCCCAAGAAAGUGGGAAGUUCCAUGUCAGAUGAUUACAGGUCAGGAUUGUGAGAAACCUUACGGCUUCAAAAAUCAACUACGUCUGGAUCUUGAGACAGAUAAAUUUGCCAAAAAAGUCAGAGAAGCUCGUGUCUCUGGAAACUUGGAUGCUCCUGAAGGCGGAUUUGAUGCCAUCAUGCAGGCAGUUGUGUGUGAGGAUGAGAUUGGUUGGAGGCAGAUCUCUCGUCGCAUGUUGGUGUUUUCCACAGAUGCUGGAUUUCACUACGCUGGUGAUGGAAAGCAUUUUCAAAUAUUUUCAACAUACAAUAAAAGAUGCCAUUUGUAUUUUUUUUUUUUUUUUUUUGGAGGCAUUGUGACACCUAACGAUGGUCACUGUCACAUGCGAAAUGAUUUGUACACAGAGAGUUCUAACCUUGAUUACCCUUCAGUUAGUCAAAUUGCCAGCAAGAUCAAGGAGAAAGCUGUCAGUGUCAUAUUUGCUGUCACCAAGGACCAGUUCCCAGUGUACGAGAAGCUAAGUCGCAUCAUUGAAAGUUCUACCACAGGAGAACUUGCCAACGACUCAUCCAACAUUGUGAAACUCAUCCAGGAUAAUUAUGAGAAAAUUACCUCGAAGGUCACUUUAAGAGCAUACAAUGUUUCUGACAAUGUUACAGUAGAGUUCUACUCUCGUUGUUUUGGCACGGAAGAGGGGAAAACCAAUGAAUGUGGAAAUCUGAAAAUCGGACAGACUGUUACCUUUAAUGUGGAAGUGACAGUUUCUGCUUGUCCAGCUGAUAGAAGGCAAUGGCGCAAAGAGCUGUCAAUCAGACCUGUUGGCUUCCAGGAGAAGUUAACCUUAGACCUUGAUAUCAUCUGUGAAUGUGAAUGUGAGAAACCAGAAAAUGAGGAAAUCAACAGCGAGCGAUGUUUCAAUGGUAAUGGCACAUAUGAAUGUGGGAAGUGUACAUGUAAUCCUGGAAGAUAUGGGAAAGUCUGUGAAUGUAAAGCAGAUGAUAUUACCAGUAAAGAAUCACUUAAACAGUGUAUUGCGCCUAAUGCAACACUGCCUUGUUCUGGACGAGGCACUUGUUUAUGUGGGGAGUGCAUUUGUAAUUCACGUGCUAGAGAUUCGGCACAGACAUUUAGUGGACCCUUCUGUGAAUGUGAUGACUAUUCCUGUGGUCAUUACGAGGAGCAGCUUUGUGGAGGUCCAGAGAGAGGCAAAUGCUCCUGUGGUAGAUGUGCUUGUAAUGAAGGCUACAAUGGCUCAACCUGUGAAUGUGAACAAAGCACUGAUAACUGUAGGACUGGCGAUGUUCUUUGCAAUGGUCAUGGCAGAUGUGAGUGUGGUAAAUGCGUCUGUGAUAGUCAGUACACCGGUCCAAAAUGUGAGCAGUGCCCAGCAUGCCCAGACAAGUGUGCUGAAUAUGUUCCAUAUGUGCAGUGCAGAAUCUUUGAGUCUGGUAAACUGACCCCAGAAGAAUGUAGAAACUGGCCAAACAUUACUAGACAUGACAAAGUCAAAGAGGGUCCAGGGAUCCAGCUGUGUCAGUUCAAGGAUGAUGAUGAGUGCUGGGCCUACUUUACCUAUGAAUAUGACAAAAGUGGACGGGAAACAAUCAUUAAAGUUCAGAAUACUAAAGUAUGUCCUGAGUCUGUGAAUGUCCUUGCCAUUGUGGGUGGUGUUGUUGGUGGAAUUGUGGCCGUGGGACUGUUUCUUUUGCUUAUCUGGAAGUUGCUUACCUUCAUCCAUGACACUCGGGAAUUUGCUAAAUUUGAGAAGGAAAGACAGAAUGCCAAAUGGGACACUGGAGAGAACCCAAUUUACAAGCAGGCUACAUCAACAUUCAAAAAUCCAACCUAUGGAGGUCGUUGA